AUGGCUCCCACCACCAUCUCCGGCGGCUGUCUCUGCGAAGGCGUCCGCUACACAAUCACAUUCCCAGCAGACCACGACUUCACCGCGCAAUGCCGCAAGCAGACGGGCUCGCUCAUCUUCCGGGUGCACAGGGUCCCCGUCUCCUCGCUGAGGUACACGUCCUCGGCGACGCUCUCGGAGUACCGCGCGUCGCCGGGGAACGCGCGCGGGUUCUGCUCCCGCUGCGGCUCGCUCCUGUUCUGGCGCCACGAGGCGUCGGACAGGAUCAGCAUGUGCGUCGGGUGCUUCGACGCGGAGGCGCUGCGCGAGCACGGCCGCCUGCUGACGUAUGCGGAGCGGCACCUCUUCUGCGGCGCCGAGAUCGACGGCGUGACGGACCACUUACCCGGGGACAGGUACAAGUACGACGACGAGGAAGGCGAGGGCGAGGGCGAGGUUGUCCUGCUGGGGAGGAGGGAGCCUCGCUAG